UCAACACGUUUCUGUCUUUUGCUACCAGCUGCCAUUUAAAGACUUCACGUUAAGACUAAUUUGUAGUUCAGUGGUCACCACCAUCAAAGACAGAUCCUUUUAUUGAAGUGAAAUACACCUAUCAAUGGAAGAGUUACAUGGCUGGGCUGCAGUGACCACAUGCAUGAACAAGUCCUCCUCUUUACUAUUUGGAACGGCGUUGGCUGUAGACGCGGCUGGAAGCGGAUCCCCGAUCGGCGCCAGCGCGGUGUUGCUGUCCGUCAUGAGGCUGGGACCGGCCACUCUGGUGUGUUUCCUCAGCUUUGUGUGGCUGUCGGACUGCGCGCCUCCGACCUGCUACUCCAGAGCCAUCGGCCUGAGCAAAGAAGUCAUGGCUUUGCUGGAUAAAAUACACACUUACCACCGCACGAAGACGUGUGCUGAAGUCCUACCUACGAUCUUCCUCGAUGUACAUAACUCAUGCAUCACCACCAAGCUCCGUGACUUUCUCUACGUGGUGCUGAACCAUCCCGACCAGUACUGCAGAGAGCGUCCCAGAAUGGUGCUGCUGAAACGUAAAAUCCAGAACUUGUACACCAUCGUCACCAGAAUUUGUUAUCGGGACCUGGUGUUUUUCACAGAUGACUGUGAAGCUAUUGAUACUGGCCACAGCAGCCCUCGCUAUGCAGAGGACAGGCUUCAGCUUCUGCAAGAGGAGAGAUGAGCAACACGCAGAGCAGACAAAAGGCAUACACUGGACCAUCACACUCAUAAAAACACAUAUCAGCCAUAUGUAGAAAGCACAUACAAAUACCUGCACAAACCACACCACACCUUAGAGUGUAUUAAUGCGUCAUUUGGUUUUGGCAGGACACACAGUGCUGUUUCAUGCCAUACCUAGGUGGCUCUGUGUUCGCUGCAGAUUCAUGUUAGUGAACAUGUGUGGUUACAUUCCAGCAAGGAGUGCAGAACUUUCCACAGGAAAUUUGCUGAAUCCCAACCCUGCCGAUGAAAAACCUUGAAAUAAUAAACCAAUGAGAGAUGCUUGUGAGGCGAGCCUCAACCGCUGCUUAUUUACCAGGGCUGAUCAAAGGUCCAUGUGUCAUUAAGAGAAAUAUGUUGUGUUGUCAUAACCCUUGGUCUGACUAACGUGUCUUAAAAGAGCACUAUACAGAAUUUUGUAAACAUUUGAAGGGUUGAACAUGGUGGUUGAAAAUGUUAUGUAAGAAACAGAUGUCCUAAGCAAUGCUUUGGUUGUAUAGUAUGUUCCUUCAGAAUUCAUUCCCACAAAAGUGUUUUUACUUGUCAUUUAAAACCAGAGAAGUUAUGACAGUCCUGCUGCUGCUUGGCGUGAAGCUCAAUAAGAUUAACAUUUUUUAUGGCCUUAAGCAUAAUGCAUAUGAAAUAAUAGAACCCUUACUGUCAUAGACAUAUUAGAAACUUGCCUGUUCUUUAUGUAUAAUUAAUGACAAUCUCUACACAGUAUGUCUUAUAUUAUGUUAUAGAACUUUAUGUAUCUGUUUUUUGUGUACUUUUUGAUUUAUUCUGUGACAUUAUUUUCAGAAUUGCUGCCAGUAUGAACUCUAAUUGUUUGUUGGUCCUGGACUAAAGUGCAGCUGUAUUUUGAGUAA